AUGCGCCGCCCUUCGGACCGGUUGCUGAGGAGAGAAGAGGCUGGUGCUCGCGCCCCGCCGGCCCCGGCCCCCUGGCACCCCUCUCCCUCCUCUCUCGACGCCGUUCAUUUGAAGAUUGGGACCUCUGUAGUCAUGUCGGAUUCUGCCGUCGCCCCUGUUGCUGCCGCCCCUGAGGCUGUUGCCGCUGCCGCCCCCCCCGCUCCCCAGACCGAGUCUCUGCUGGCGCCGGAUGUCAUGGAGCGCUCCCAGCACCCGGGUAGCUUUGACACUCUCGGUCGCGAGGUUCGCGAGGUCCUCGCUUCGUCCUUCUUCUUCGACGGCUUCAAGGUCGAGAUCGCCAAGGGCAUGACCCCGAACCUCCAGGUCAUGCAUCGUCUGCGCCUCGGUUCCCAGACUGCGCCUCAGUCGUACUCCCUCGGCUCGAUGCUUGUCCCCAAUGAGCGCCUCUUCCUCAUGGGCGAUUUCGACACCGGCUCCAAGGCUUUCAAUGGCCGCGUGCACUACUCUCUGAACCCCGCCAUCACCGCCAAGGCCACCUUCCAGACUAGCAAGGAUGGCUCAGCCCACUCCCUUGAGGCGGACUACAUGGGCAAGGACAGCAGCGGUGCCGUCCGUGUCUACCAGCCGAACCCCCUCGAUAUGACUGGCAUCGUUGUGUACAACUACCUGCAGAAGGUGACUCCUUCCCUGGCUCUCGGUAUGGAGGGUACUGCCAUGAUGACCGGCCCUCGUGUUGAUUCGUCCAUGACCCUGGUGGCUCGUCAUGCUGCCGGCAACCACGUUGGUAUCGCCACCCUUUCGGCCGCUAAGUCCCAGUUUUCUUACUUCCAGCAGGUGACUCCCCUUGUCCAGGCUGGUUCCGAGCUGGAGCUCAGCGUCGCUGAGAAGGCCGCCGUCUGCACCUUCGGCAUUCGGGUCAACCUCCAAGCCAACACCAUCCGCGCGCAGCUCGACACUGCCGGUCGCCUGGGUGUCCACUUCGAGGAGCGUGUCAUCCCCAACGUCUUCAACAUUCACCUGGCCGGUCAGCUUGACUAUGUCAAGAACACUUCGCAGUUCGGCUUCGGUCUGAGUCUUGGCGGCAUGUAAGUCUCUUCCCUGUGUUCCCCUGGGGGCUUGUCCGCCGCUCUGACGGCGGCGUGGCCAUGUCCUUUUUGGGGGGCCGGACGUGUUGUGCAUUCUUCCCCUCCCCCGGCCCCUGCACGCAGCAUUCUUUCACCCGCCCAUCUCCUUUCGCCUGCCUUCCUUUCAGUCCCUCCCUUCAUGCCGCGCCUCCUCCCCCUCCCCGCCCAUCGUCCAUUUCCCCCCUUGCCCCACGUCGAUGGUGGUGUGAUGGCUGCGUGCGCUCCGCGUAUACGUAAUAGAUCAAACACUUGAAGCGCAA